AUGGAGUCUCUUCGCGUGCUCACCCCCAUCCGACUUCUCCAGGGCGCCUUCUUCGCCCUGCUGGCCCUCACCUUCGCCGUCCACGCGCUGGUGGACUCCGGCCUCCUGCUCCAGCGGCUGUCUCAGCACAAGGUCCCCCUGCUGGGGCUGCUAUGGUGCACAGUCUGCGGCAUCGUCGCCUACAUCCUCACGCGGGCGCGGCCGGUCCUCCUCCUCGACUAUGCCUGUCAUAAGCCCUCCUCCGAGCACCGGCUUAGCUUCGAAGCCUGCGAGUACUUCAUCCGCAGGAUCAACCGCUACUCGAUGACCAGCGAGAACUUCAUGCGGGGCAUCUACCACAAGUCCGGGCUGGGCGACGAGACCUACGGGCCUCCCUUCGUCUUCAACGAGGACAACGACGCGAAGCUCGCCUCCGCCGUGGAGGAGGCGCAGGAGGGAGCCUUCUCCUGCGUUGAGACGGUCCUGUUCAAGUCCAACCUCUCCCCGGAUCAGAUCGAUGUGGUGGUGGUGAGCUGCGGCAUGUUCACGCACUCCCCCUCCCUCUCCGCCAUGCUCGUUAACCGCUUUGGCUUCAACCCUAACGUGAAGACCUACAACCUCAGCGGCAUGGGGUGCAGCUCCGGCGCCGCCGCCGUCGACCUCGGCGCCCGCAUCCUCUCUGCGUCUCGGGAGGUCCGCAACGUCCUCGUCGCCGUCACGGAGAGCAUCAGCUUGAACUGGUACUUCGGGGACGAACGAUCCAUGCUGGUCACCAACUGCAUCUUCCGGGUUGGCAGCGCAGCCGCCGUCCUCACCAACGACCCAGCGCGCCGCUGCCAAGCUAAGAUGGAGCUGAUGCACAGCCUCCGCUCCCAUAAUGGUGCCGACGACGCCUCCUACCGCGCGGCGUACCUGGAGGAGGACCAUAACGAUAACUUGGGAGUGAGCCUGAAGAAGGACCUCAUCCGAGUGGCCGGCGUGGGGCUGCGAGAGCACAUCCGCCAGCUCGCCCCACGCGUGCUCCCCCUCUCGGAGAUCGUCUACGGCGCCUACGCCGCUGCGGCGGCGUGGGCGAGGACGAAGAUGGGGCUGUCUAACGCCGACGCGAAGCCCCACGUGCCGGACUUCACGAAGGCGUUCGAGCACAUCUGCCUGCAUACCGGCGGGAAGGCGGUGGUGGAGUCUGUGCAGAAGUUGAUGAGGCUGCCGGACGAGACGACGGAGCCAGCAAGGAUGACGCUGCACCGGUUCGGGAACACUUCCAGCAGCCUCAUCUUCUACGAGAUGGCCUACUUCGACGCCAAGGGCAAGUUCCAGGAGGGCGACAGGGUGUGGAUGAUCGCCUUCGGGACGGGAUUCAAGGUUUGCAGCCUCGUGUGGAAGUCUCUGAAGCCCUCGGUGAUGACCAAGGACAACCCCUGGAAGGACUGCAUCCACAGGUACCCCUUGAAGGCAUGGUGA